AAAGCAAUCGUGCGUCGCCGCUACCCUCUCUCUCUCUCUCUCUCUUCGCUCCACUUUCGAUGUGGAGAAAGUGGGAGAAGAGAAAAGCUUAAAAUGUGCAACAAAGGUUGAAUCUUGCUGCCAUGGAUUUUCAUUUUUCAACCCACCACCUCCAUUCCCACAACUGAAGAAAGGAAUGACAAAUUAAAUUUUUCCUCAAGGUUUUUCUUGACCCCUCCCCUAGGCAACCUCAUCACCUUUCUUGUCUUCUUUUCUACUAAUCCCCUCAUUCUGAUCUCCUAAUAAAUUGCACCUUUUAAAAGUGGAAUCUUUUCAUUGAAUUGUAGAAAAGUUUCAAGAAUGGGGGAUCAUUUUGUGAUGCUUGUGGAUCAGCUUAUCCCUGAAUCUAGCCUUGACAGUAGAAUCCAGCUGCAGCAAGCCUCACCGGCCGCUCCUGUAUCCGUGAAAACUAGCUUUUCUUUCCAUAAGAUGGAUGCCAGAACAAGUAUGUUGGGGGAGUGCAGGAUUUGUCACGAUGAAGACGAGGAGUCAAACAUGGAGGCGCCCUGCUUCUGUCGCGGGAGCUUGAAGUAUGCUCACCGUAAGUGUGUGCAGCGAUGGUGCAACGAGAAAGGGGAUACUACCUGUGAGAUUUGCCAACAGGUUUUCAAGCCAGGUUAUACGGCACCACCCCCUCUCUUUACUUAUGGUGGGAUCCCGAUGAACUUUAGGGGAAAUUGGGAGAUAUCGAGAAGAGACCUACAAAAUCUUCAAUUUGUAUCAACGGACUCCGCCAGUGACAACUUUUUGGAUUCAGACGGGGAUGAAUUCCCAGUCCCCACUCCAAGAAGCGUGCUUUACUGCCGUAUAAUUGCCAUCAUUUUUGUUGUGCUUGUGGUGCUACGGCAUACCUUACCAUUCAUCGUCUAUGGUCCGGGUGAAUAUUCGAUUUCUGUGGCGAUGUUGUUGAUGUUGCGUACAAUCGGAGUUUUCUUGCCUAUCUACAUUAUGGUAAAAUCAUUAUCAACCAUACAACGCAGACGAAAUCGACAGCCUUCACAACAAGCACAAGCUCAAUUCCUCCAAAUACCGUGAUGGUGGAGGCUUUCAUCGUAGAGUAGUUUGCUCUCUUUUCAUGUUGGACUUGUAAAUAGAAAUUCAACCCUAAUUAAUCCUCUAUUUUUAUAAAUAAAAUAAUAAAAUUCCAGUCCCACACCAA